AUGUCAGGGCUGGGGGGAAGCACAGAGGUCCUUCUGGGGUUCUCCACCCACGUGGCGCAACAUGCAGGAGCAGGGGCCCCACAACUCACACUGCUUGUGGAACAUGGAGGAGAGAACAGGAUCAAACCAGGACCCAGGAAAUACGGCUGUCGGCUCACACUGGAUCCAAACACAGCGCACAGAAAGCUGUCUCUGUCUGAGGGGAACAGGAAGGUGACACACACACCGGGGAGAGAGGAGCCAUAUCCUGAUCAUCCAGAGAGAUUUGAGUCUGAGCCCCAGGUUCUGUGCAGAGAGAGUGUGUGUGAGCGCUGUUACUGGGAGGCUGAGUGCAGUGUGCCUGAGAGGGGAGGGGUUUCUAUAGCAGUGACAUAUAAAGGAAUCAGCAGGAAAGGAGGGGCUGAGGACUGUGAGUUUGGAUGGAAUAAAAACUCCUGGAGUCUGAGGUGCUAUAAACACAGUUACUCUGUCUGGCACAAUAAUAACUCCACACCCCUACCUGCCCGCCCCUCCUCCUACCACAGAGCAGGAGUGUGUGAUGAUGGUGCUGGUGCAGGAGUGUGUGUGUACAGGGUAGGAGUGUGUGUGGACCGUCCGGCUGGCACUCUGUCCUUCUACAGCGUCUCUGACUCUGACACACUGACCCUCCUGCACACACUCCACACACACUUCACUCAACACUCACCCCUCUGUGCUGGGUUUAGAGUGUGGUGGGGGGGGGGCUCAGUGUCCCUCUGCCAACUGGAGUAGAGACACACACACCCCUCCAACCCACACACACACACACACACACACACACACACUGUGGCACCCCAUGGGGAGAGAGAGGCAGAGAGAGCAGGAAUAAGUGUGUCCAAAAUUAUAUUUUAAUAAAUUUUCUUUAAGUGUCUUCAGGACACAUUCAAUUCACACUUUCUUUUUUCCAACAAAGAAAAAAAACAGGAAAAAAAUCACCGGCCCUCUCUGAAUUACGUGGCUCUGUCAGCCCGUCUGUAUCUGGGGCGGUCCGUCCUAUCCGCGCCUUUCCUGGCACGGAGAUCCACGUCCCCGCUUUGUCGCCCGGUUCUGCGUCGUUGGCUGUUUCUCGUGCGUGCUGGCUCCGCAUCCGUCUCCCUUACUGCUCAGCCCCGUUCUGUGGUUGUGCCCGGCCUUUUGUAGGGCUCCUCUCUCUCUCUCCAACUCGUCCCAACUGCGCCUGUCCAAUCAGAGCCUUAGAGUUCACUGCCCACAUUCCCCACGCGCCUUUCCUCCGGUGCUGCUGGCCUUGGUGCUGAUCCUCCACCGGCUCUCUCCACGGUGCUGACCUGUCAAGACACCAAUUCAGGAAAUAAACGUUGUCAAGUAUUUUCCCCAGCAUUUGGCGUUGGCGCCCGUGUCGUCUCUCUCCCGUGGUGUACCGAUUCCCGAUCGGGCCGCCACAACACACACACACUCACACACACACACACUCACACACACACUCAUACACACACACACUCACACACUCACACACACACACACACACUCACACUCAUGCACACACACACACACAUACCCCUCCACCCCACACACACACACACACACACACCCUUCUACCCCACACAUACAGACACACACACACAUUUAUUUUUGUAUAUUUUAAUAAAAUCGUAUUGUAUAUCAUCAAGAUGUGUUUUUAUACAUUAGUUGAUUAAAACAUGAGUAUAACAUUAAGAGUGUGAUUCUGGUGAAAGAUGGUAAAAGGCUUUUGAGGUAAUAAUUCUCCUGUACCUGCAUCUUUGUGUAAAAGUUCACUGCAUUUUACUAGUUUUUCCAGUUGAUUUGAUUCAUUUCCACAAGAGUUCCAGUGUGCAAAGUUGUGUGGGUGAAUGCAGCUCAAAGGGAGAAUGCAGAAUGAUCACUGCAGGGUACUUAUUUCCUUUCAUUGCUGUGAACAGUAAUGUAUUGAGUUUCCUUAUUUACU